UUCCAGCCCAACUGAAAAUAAAGGUUUUUGUGAAGAAGACAGGAAUGUGAACAGAGUAGGUGAGGCCACUCCUGUGAUUUAAAGCUAUAAUUAAACUGUGAUACACAGGACAUUCAGUUACAGUAUGUAUUAAGACCCGGGAUUGAACAAAACACCAGUGAGCAGUAUGGGACGAGUACAGUUUUAUCAAGAGUGUGUUCACGCCUGUAGCUUCUAACAAAGGUGAACGACAGCUCACUAAUGUCAACUUGACUCUAUAAAUGGAUUAAAAGUGCGUGGAGCACAGCCGCAACCGCAAGUCCUCCCUGAACAGCUGUACAGUUUAACAGCAGACAGACGUGCCGGCUGAGUUCAAGUGGCUGCUUUUGUAAUUCUCAUUCUUCAGAGGUGGAUCAUCCCAGCCACAGGGCUGACUCAUGCACGACAGAGUUAAAACUGCCCCGAGCGCCAGGAAAACAAAGAUUCUGCUGCGAGGCUCUGCUGAACACUUCCCAGGGCUUGAGAGCAGCAGCCGUGGCUAUCUGGGACACAAAUCUGUUGAUGAAAAUUUGAUGAUGGACUAUUCAGGACUGCUGUUGCUGCUGCUCAGCCUCAGAGGAGCAUUAAGUGCAGUGGUGCAGUGGACAGAAUUAGAUGAAGCAAAGGCAUAUUUGAGGCAGUACGGUUACCUGAGUGAGCCUGCUGAUCCACCAGACCCUCAUUAUCUGGAGGAGGUCAUUGAAGCUCUCAGAGUCUUCCAGAGGGUGAACGACCUGCCACCUACUGGAGAGUUGGAUGAAGCUACCAUGGAGGUGAUGAGACAGCCCCGCUGCGGCAUGGAGGACCCUUUCAACAAAAAGUUCCACAAGUACAGAGUUAUGGGUCGCUGGAGAAAGAGGAGCCUGACCUACCGCAUCUAUAACUACACGCCUGACAUGUUGAAGCUUGAGGUCAGGACAGCCAUUCGGUCCGCCUUCAAGUACUGGACUGAAGUGGCAGCUUUGACUUUCAGAGAGGUCGACUACGGCAGAGCAGACAUAAGAAUCUCCUUUCAUAAAAAAGACGGCUACUGUCCCGUCCCCUUUGAUGGCCGCGGUCACGUACUGGCUCACGCUGAGUCACCAGAAUCUGGUAUUGUCCACUUUGAUGAGGACGAGUUCUGGACUGAGGGGUCAUAUUAUGGUACUAAUCUGCGUAUUGUAGCAGCCCACGAAAUAGGCCAUGCCCUCGGUUUGGGCCACUCUGAAUUCAGAAGCGCUCUGAUGGCGCCGGUGUACGCUGGUUACCGUACCAACUUCAGACUGCAUUCAGAUGAUGUGAGGGGCAUCCAGGCACUAUACGGCAAACGGGUCACCAGCACUUUAGCCAGUCCAACCACUCCAGACAGCCCGUUCCCCACCGAAAGCAGCAACGGAGCUGAGACUGUACCUGAUCCGUGCACCGCCGUGCUUGAUGCCGUCAUGUUAGGUCCAUGGGAGAAAACCUUUGCUUUCAGUGGUGAGUAUGUGUGGACCAUCUCUGAUCUGGGCUAUAACACGCCGAUGAAGACCAGCAGACUGUGGAGGGAACUCCCUGGAAACCUGAAUGCUGCCGUCCACUCUCAAAGGACCAACAAGACAUACUUCCUUAAAGGCAAUAAAGUGUGGAGAUAUACAAGGUUCAUGCUUGACUACGGCUACCCUAAACAGGUGAAAAAGAUCCCUCCCAACAUCGACGCAGCCUUGUACCUGAAGGUGAACAAGAAGCUGGUCUUCAUCAAGGGCUCAGAGCACUGGCAGUUUGAUGAGCUGAAGUACAAUGAUUUGACUGUCUACCCCAAGCCGCUCAGCAUGCUCUUCAGCGGAGUGCCCUCCAGUCCUGACGCAGCCUUCACCUGGACCAAUGGCAAGGUCUUCUUCUUCAAGGGCGAUGAGUACUGGAGAGUGAAUGAGCAGCUCAAAGCUGACAGAGGAUACCCGUUGAGCAAGAGGGAGCGCUGGAUGCGAUGCUAGGGCUCAACCAUCAGGAGGCAGCAGGUACCAAAAGGUCCGGCGCAGAAGUGCUGGCUCCACUCCCAGGGCAUUGACAAACAUGCAACAUCAGUUGCAGAAUUAUCACUGACCACAUUAGCAAAAACUAGUGUGAGAACUAAUUUUAUUUCACUGGAUCCAGUUGUAAUCAAGCUAACCCUUUAGAGCAGGAUGAUUUAUACUGUAUUGUGUGUCGCUCUUUUAACUGAUCAUUGUUUUGGAGGAGAAAUCAAAGCUUCUGCUCGUUUCUUUUGCAUACACGUCAAAAUACUUUCACAAGAUGUAAUAUGAUGAUGGCUUUAUACACUUAAAGUUUUGUAUUCUCAGUGCAUGCUUGAAUUAUGUCAUUAUUCACACUAAUUUGUGAGCGAUCAUGUGAUGUGGAUUUGUAUAUGGAUUUUAAGUGAACAUUUUAUACAGUGAAAUGAUACAUAGUCCCAACAAUAAAACUGAUUUUUUUUCAAUGAAUUGAAUAGCUGCUCACUUAACCACAAAAGGAGAUAAAAUAUUCAACAUUCAGUGAUAAAAGUGUAGUCUGUCCUGCAAUGUGCCCUCUGAAAAAAAGAAAACAGCUAAUGAGUGAUGUUGCCAGUGUUGCUUAGAGUCUGAGCGGACAAACAGGAGCUGAAACCAUUUUUAUCAAACAGAUUUAUUUAACUGUGAAAUUUCUAUCAACACGUAUUUACACAAAUAGGAAACCAGCGUACUCUUCCUGUAAAAUCCCAAGAACAAAUGGAGAAUUAUUGAAAAUCCUACACAUUAACAAACAUGCUUUGUUUUUUGUCCUUUUUUAAGAAACACUACCAGGUAAUUAAUCAUUACAUAAAUUAUAUUUAUAAAAAAAAAGGUUACUCCACAAGCUUACACAACAGACUCUUCCGCGGUUGCAUUCUGAUGAGCAAA